AUGAAGUUCUCCAUCGCAGUCGUUGCGGCCUUCAUGGCCACGGCUCUCGCCGCACCAGCUCCAGCUGGACCGUUAUCCCCGCGUCGGGAUUGUCCAUUUGGACACCCCGAUUUUAGCGGUGAGAAAGAUUGCAAUAAGAAGAAGUUCUUUGAAAGUCCCGUGAAGACUUCGUCAGGAGGCCAGCCGAUAGGCCACCAACCAGACCCAGAUGAAUGUAAUCCAUGGUUCCACUCUUAUUACAACGUACGGAGUACUAUUACUCUCAUCCUGCGAGCAUCCAGCAUCUAUCGCCUUGGGUCGAAAGAACCCGCUCUCGAGUCGAGUCCGGUGGUCCCAGGAACCAGCUUCUUGGUCUUCAAGGGAGUCAGCGCCACUUAUACGACUAGCGCUCUACCGACCGCAGCUGUACGAGAGAGGACUUAUGGAGUUUCCGUCGAACUCUAUUUCAACCCCCUAAAGAAGACGAGAGUUAUGACUGAGCAUGAAGCAUACCCACUCGAGUGCGAGUUGGACCAUGUUGACAUGUUCACAACAUUCGGAUCUAUGGUUGGACCAGGAUCUAACAGCGACCCGGGAGUGUCUCACGAGUUUCGAGAACCAGAUCUGGACUCUAAAUCGCCAGUGGGUGCACCCGCCACGGCGAGAGAGGUCUAUUCCUAUUACUGUUACUACGCCGGGAACAAUGGGAUUGGCUCCUUCCAAUACUCCAAUCUGCUCUUCCAGAACUUGACCCAGCAAGCCGGCUUCAAUCCCAAUAUUCUCCCACUCGGUAGCGUCUCCUGCGAUGUUGAUACGACAGCACCCUGCCAUGUAUGGUGGGGUGGUGGAAACAAACACAAGUCGUAUACGUCCGUUGUCCUGAUCGCAUCCGGGCUCACCUUUCUCUCCCAAGCGCUCGUCUUCAUCGGCGUUGGAAGUUUGGCUGAUUUUGGCAACUGGAACCCAUGGGUCGUGAGAGUCUUCUCACUACUGACUUGGGCCUUCGAGUUGGGGUUCUUGGGCGUCCACACUGCGUCGAAAUGGCGGACUGCUAUGGCAUUGUAUAUGAUCAGUGGUGUGACCUUCUGGGCCUCUUACAUCUUCUUCAAUGCCAUCUUCCCUAAGAUAGCCCACGAUCUCCCUGAGGUCCGAGGAGCGAGAGAGGAACUCCUCAAUGGUAAAAUCACCGAAGACCAAUUCGAGCGCACAUGCUCCAUGAGCCGCUCCAAGAUAAUGAACAUGAGCUACUUCUGGAACAACAUUGGCUUCACAGUCUGCACCGCCCUGACUCUCGCUACCCUCUUCGGCAUUGGGGCGGACGACUCGACCGCAAAGAACAAUUGGGGAUACUCCGUCUCGGUGGCCGUUUGCACCGGCUUCUGGAUCAUCCUCGCUGUCCCCUGGUUCAUCUUGGAGCAAAAGCGACCCGGGCCCAAGCUCCCCGCCGGGGACAACUAUCUCACAUUCGGAUUCAAGCAGACCUGGUUCACGGUUAAGCAAUUAUGGAAGCUGAAGCAGACAUUCUUCUACUUCGUCGCCUUCUUCCUGCUCGCAGACGGCCUCAGCACCACACUCACCCUCAUCUCCAUCGCCCAAACCCACGUGCUCAAAUACUCCGCCAUCUCAAACACUUACCUGAUCAUGGUGCAAGGCGGGUCUGCCGGAACUGGCGUCUUUGCCGCAUACCAUAUCCAGAGAUACUUCAAGCUGCGCACGAAAACUGUGCUGCAGAUCACCAAUGCUGGCUGCGUGAUCGCGUCCGGCUGGGGCAUGAUAGGCAUCUGGAGCGACCGAUUAGGCUAUCACAACGCGUGGGAGUUCUGGGCGUUCAACGCCACGUACGGGUUCACUCUGGGACCGCAGUUUUCGUACGGCCAGGCCUUCAUGGCGGAGCUGGUACCGCGAGGGAGAGAGUACAUGUUUUUCAGCUUGCUGGGCAUCGUCUCGAAGGGGUCGGCGUGGAUUGGGCCGAUUGUCAGUAGUGCCAUUGUGGAUGUGCAUGGUAACCAGUGGACGGCGUUUCCGUGGGCCACGUCGCUGAUUCUGGUACCGUUCGUUGGAAUAUUCUUCAUUGACGAAGUCACCAGUCGCAAGGAGUGUGCCGAAUAUCUCACGAGAGAGGCGGCGGAUCUGAGGAAGGUGAAUGAAAAGGUCGCUGGCAAUCAUGCCACGAUUUGA